AUGUCUGGCAGUGGUCGUGGUCUUGGGGCAAAAAUAGACCAACAACCACCGCAGCGCCCAAAACGUCAACGUCAACAGCAACAACAGCCACUACGGGCCCAAAAACAAAAAAGACAGCGUGUUGGCGGUAACGACUUUGACGAUAUCAAUGGAAGCAAUAUCAAUACCAGAGGAAUAAGUGCAGACAACGGCAGCAAAAGAUCUAGACCCACAAGAGCACGUGGCAGAAGUCGCUCAGCAGCAGCGACGCGCUUAGAACAGCAACAGCAACGGCAACUGUCCCAAUUCCUGAUGGAUCAACUGGACCUGUUAAUGCUCAUGUUUCUUAUUGAGCGGUUUUACCAGCAGCAAGUGCAGCGAUGUAAUCUAUUUCUACCUGUACUGAAUCGAGUACUGAAUCAAUACCAGCAAGUGCAGCGACCUCAAGAUAAUGGCACCAAUCACUCAUUACAACACGUGGAACGGCAGCAAGAAAAUCAGCCUUCUUCUUCUUGCUCAGCACAACAGCAACAAACAGUUGAUGCUCUUCGCGCCAUACCAUCAUUGUCAUUACUCUCAUCUACAGUUAACCGAGUAGAGAGCCAGCAAGAGGAACAAAGUGAUGGCAUCUCCCAGCGAAUUCAGCCGAUCUCUACCCUUGACGAUCUGAUUGUCUAUUGGCUGGUGUUGGAUUGGGAUAAUCGACAGGUGCUUAGGACAGCACAGGAGAACGAGCAACAACAGCAACAGCCAUAG